ACAGCUUUCCUCCGUCCACGUCCAACUAUAUUUAUAAUUGAUGAAGGGAGAUGAGAUGGAUAAUUGAUAGAUAAAUUAAGAGUUCCCCUCUUCCCCAGUCCCCCCACCCUCGCUCAUGGCUUCUUCUUCUUCUCAGUGUCCGCCGUUUGGAUUCUCCGGCAAAUACUACCAUGUGGCGGAUGGAGGUGGGUGCGUGCGGCAGAGUAGUUUCUUUGAGGGCAAACCUGUUCUUAAUCAGGGACUUGGCUACUCCGUUAUAUUGGGUUUUGGGGCUUUCUUUGCCGUAAUUACUUCUUUCUUGGUAUGGCUUGAAAAGCGAUAUGUGGGAUCUCGCCACACAUCUGAAUGGUUCAACACGGCUGGCAGAAAUGUUAAGACAGGACUCAUUGCCAGUGUGAUUGUAUCCCAGUGGACCUGGGCUGCCACAAUCCUGCAAAGUUCUAAUGUUGCUUGGGAAUAUGGUAUUAGUGGGCCAUUUUGGUAUGCAAGUGGGGCUACCAUCCAGGUGCUCUUGUUUGGCAUUAUGGCUAUAGAGAUCAAAAGAAAAGCUCCUCAUGCUCAUACUGUCUGUGAAAUUGUGAGAGCCAGAUGGGGGACUGCUGCUCAUAUUGUCUUCCUCUGUUUCUGCUUUCUGACAAAUAUAAUUGUGACGGCCAUGCUUCUUCUUGGUGGUUCUGCUGUGGUAAAUGCACUUACUGGGGUGGACAUUUAUGCUGCAAGCUUUUUAAUUCCUCUGGGAGUGAUAGUUUACACAUUAGCUGGUGGACUAAAAGCUACUUUCUUGGCCAGCUACAUACAUUCUGCUAUAGUGCAUGUGGUUCUGGUCAUCUUUGUCUACCUUGUUUAUACGGCAAGUAGUGAGCUUGGCAGCCCACAUGUUGUAUAUGAUCGUCUCUUGGAAGUUGCCAGCAAAUCAAGAAUGUGUCAGGAAACAUUUUCUCAUGAUGGACAGGCUUGUGGACCUGUUAGUGGAAACCACAAGGGUUCCUACUUGACAAUGUUGAGUUCUGGUGGCCUUGUUUUCGGAAUCAUCAACAUUGUUGGCAACUUCGGUACUGUCUUCGUCGACAAUGGAUAUUGGGUUAGUGCCAUUGCAGCACGGCCUUCAUCAACUCAUAAAGGCUAUUUAUUGGGUGGGCUGGUUUGGUUUGCUGUACCUUUCUCACUGGCAACAUCAUUGGGAAUAGGAGCUCUAGCUCUUGAUCUACCAAUAACAGCAAGUGAAGCCAGUCAUGGACUUGUCCCUCCUGCCACUGCUAUAGCUUUGAUGGGAAAAGGGGGUUCCAUCCUACUUCUUACAAUGCUUUUUAUGGCUGUGACAUCUGCUGGUUCCUCUGAGCUAAUAGCUGUUUCUUCUUUAUGCACAUAUGACAUAUACCGUACCUAUAUAAACCCAAAUGCAACUGGGAAGCAAAUUCUCAAAAUUUCAAGGGGGGUUGUUCUAGGGUUUGGAUGUUUCAUGGGAGUGCUAGCAGUGGUUCUGAAUAAGGCAGGAGUUUCACUUGGUUGGAUGUAUCUAGCCAUGGGAGUACUCAUUGGUUCAGCAGUUCUCCCUAUAGCCUUCAUGCUUCUAUGGAAGAAGGCCAACUCAACAGGUGCCAUUGUCGGAACCAUCGUUGGCUGUAUUCUUGGAAUUAUUACAUGGUUAUCAGUCACAAGCAUUCAGUAUGGUCGGGUUAAUCUGGACACUACAGGCCGAAACUCACCAAUGCUUGCUGGAAAUCUGGUUUCUAUACUGACUGGUGGAGCUGUUCAUGCUAUAUUUAGUCUUUUAUGGCCUCAAAACUAUGAUUGGGGGACUACCAAGCAGAUAACCAUGGUUGAGAAGGAAAAGAGCGAGUUACCAGCUGGAGAGUUCAGAGAGGAAAAGCUGUUAAAAGCUAAAGCCUGGAUAGUAAAAUGGGGUGUUGCUUUUACUGUUGUCAUCGUGAUAGUAUGGCCUAUGCUCUCACUUCCAGCAGGAGAGUUCAAUUUGGGGUACUUCACAUUUUGGGCAGUCAUUUCUAUUGCUUGGGGUACCAUUGCAUCUGCUGUGAUUAUUGCUUUACCAUUGAUUGAAAGCUGGGAAACAAUCCAAAGUGUCCUUGUUGGCAUGUUUACAAAUGACAGACUAAUUGAAAAGAUUGAAGAAAUGAAUUUCAAAAUGCAUGCAAUAAUGUUAGCGAUACCAGAGGCUGAACAAAUGUACUUAUUAGAGAAAGAGAAGGCUAAGAAACAAGAAGCUUUAGAGCAUUGAAUUAAUUAUGUUUCAGCAUAAAAUCCAGCUCAUAGACACUGUUGCAGUUAACUCGUAUUUUGGUGAUGGUUAAGUUUUGAAGUGGCAAACUCAAGUGGUAUGAUUACUUGCUUUGCAUCAUUUUCUUCUAAAAAGGGUUGUGCACUUGAAAGCUUAAUCUUAGAGUAACAGAUUAAAAAUCGUUAUGUUUUCUCAUUUGUGAUCAUUGCUCUUGUCCUUGGUUACUCUAGAGAGAAAUAACUGUUAAAUGUUA